AUAGGAAGGGGGUAUUGGGGUGUGGCAUAUUGGCACACGUGUGCACGCACGCACUUGCGUGUGCUGACAGGUGAGCGUGUGUGGGCGCCCCGUGCACGCACGAGGCGGUGCGUGUGAGACACGCGCAAACCCCGCGGUGCCCCCGGCCGGGAUUCGAACCCGCGUCUCUCCCGGGUCCAGCCCUCGCACCGCCCCUCUACGGGGGGCACGACCGCUUCCGGUCAAACCCCGGAAGCGUUGCUUGCUGCGCGCUGCGCUUCCGGCCACGCCCAGGAAGUUGGAUGCCUUGCGGUGCACCCUGGGAGCUGUGGUGUUUUCUCGUGACGUCACCACGGCGGCGCCCUCGCUGCGAACUACGCCUCCCGGCAGCCUUUGCGCGCCGGCGGCCGCCAUCUUGUUUUACCGGCGUGAGCGCUGAGCCGGGGCGGUUCGGUGCCGGCGGCUCCGCGGACGAUGCUGGCCGCCCUGUGGGGCCGCCCGCCGCCGCCGGGCCUGGCUCGCUUCGUCGGGCCUCGCCGGUGGUUCCGUGCCCCGCCGGCCGCUCUUGGAGAUCCGGCGGUGAGCACCGCGGCCGAACGGCUCCGUUUGAUCCCGGCAGCCGCCGCCAGAGGCCGCCGCCAUCCCGUGAGGACGACGAGCGCGGCGCUGCCUUGGCGGGAAGCGACCGCGGGGGGGCGGCUGUGCGGGGACGGCGCCGGGCCGGGCCGUAACUUAACGGCUGAGCCUCGAGGGGGACGGAGCGGCGAUGGGAAAACAGCCCCCGGCAGCGGGGCGGUGUUGGUUGCGCUGGGCGCCGUGGCGGCGUGCUUCGGGAGGGAGCGGUCCGCCAAGGAAGAUGCUCUGCUGGAAGCCGCGAGGAUCAACAACGUUUCAGAAGUCAGCAGGUUACUGCAGGAAGGCACAGAUGUGAACUCCAGGCACCGGCUGGGCUGGACGGCCCUGAUGGUGGCAGCCAUCAGCAGGAAUUCCAGCGUGGUGAAGGUCCUGCUGGCAGCCAAUGCAGAUCCAAACCUUGGGGACGACUUCAGCAGCGUCUAUGAGACCGCCAAGGAGAAAGGCCUCCAUUCUUUGGAAGUCCUUGUGACCCGGGAGGAUGAGUUCAACAACCGCCUGAACGUCCGUGCCAGCUUCCGUGGCUGCACAGCCCUGCACUACGCCGUGCUGGCCGACGACUACCUGAGCGUCAGGAUGCUGCUGGAGGCAGGUGCCAACCCCCUGCAGAAGAACGAGAUGGGCCACACGCCGCUGGAUUACGCCCGUGAAGGGGAGGUGAUGAACCUCCUGAAGGCAUCGGAGGCAAAGUUCCAGGAGGAGCAGCGUCGCCGGGAGGUGGAGGAGCGCCGCAGGUUCCCUCUGGAGCAGAGGCUGAAGGAGCACAUCAUCGGCCAGGAGAGUGCCAUAGCCACGGUGGGGGCAGCAAUUCGGAGGAAGGAGAACGGCUGGUACGACGAGGAGCACCCUCUGGUCUUCCUCUUCUUGGGAUCAUCUGGGAUAGGUAAAACAGAGCUGGCCAAGCAGACAGCCAAGUACAUCCACAAGGAUGUGAAGAAGGGUUUCAUCAGACUGGACAUGUCGGAGUUCCAGGAGAGGCACGAGGUGGCCAAGUUCAUCGGCUCCCCGCCGGGCUACGUGGGCCACGAGGAGGGCGGGCAGCUCACCAAGAAGCUGCGGCAGUGCCCCAACGCCGUGGUGCUCUUCGAUGAGGUGGACAAAGCCCAUCCGGACGUGCUCACCAUCAUGCUGCAGCUCUUCGAUGAGGGCAGGCUGACGGACGGCAAAGGGAAAACCAUCGACUGCAAGGAUGCCAUCUUCAUCAUGACCUCCAACGUGGCGAGCGACGAGAUCGCCCAGCACGCCCUGCAGCUCAGGCAGGAGGCCGUGGAGAUGAGCAAGAAAAGGAUUGCGGAGAACUUAGAGGACGUGCAGGUGUCUGACAAGAUCACCAUCUCCAAGCAGUUCAAGGAGAAGGUCAUUCGCCCCAUAUUAAAGGCUCACUUCAGACGGGACGAAUUCCUGGGAAGGAUCAACGAGAUCGUUUAUUUCCUCCCCUUCUGCCACUCGGAGCUCAUCCAGCUGGUCAACAAGGAGCUCAGCUUCUGGGCCAAGAAGGCCAAAGCACGGCACAACAUCACCCUGCUGUGGGACCGGGAGGUGCUGGACGUGUUGGCCGACGGCUACAACCUGCACUACGGUGCCAGGUCCAUCAAGCACGAGGUGAGGCUCCGCUGGGUGCUGGGUGGGCACCAAGACCACCAAGUCCCUCGUAUGGGGAGCAUCUGUGGGUCCGGGCGUGCGGCUGGCCCGGGGAUGGGUGCACCCAUGGGUCCCAAGGGCCAAAUGUGGGGUGGAGCACCAACGAUGGGUCCAUGUUUGUGUCCAUCCCAUGGAAGAGGGUGCACCCAUGGGUCCCAAGGGCCAAAUGUGGGGUGGAGCACCAACGAUGGGUCCAUGCUGGCGUUGUUCAAUGGAAGGAGGUGCACCCAUGGGUCCCAAGGGCCGAGCACAGGGUGCAGCACCAAUGGGUCCAUGCUGGUGUCCAUCCCAUGGAUGGAUGCACCCAUGGGUCCACUCUGGUGUCCGUCCCAUGGAAGAAGGUGCACCCAUGGGUGCCAAGGGGCAAACAUUGGUUGGAGCAUCAAUGGUAGCUCGAUGUUUGUGUCUAUCCCAUGGAUGGGUCCCCUCUGGUGUCCUUCCCAUGGAAGAAGGUGCACCCAUGGGUCCAUGCUGGCGUCCAUUCCAUGGAGGAACAUGCACCCAAGGGUCCCUAGGGGCAAACAUUGGUUGGAGCAUCAAUGGUGGCUCCAUGCUGGUGUCCAUCCCAUGGAAGAGGGGUGCACCCAUGGGUCCCAAGGGGCAAACAUUGAUUGGAGCACCAAUGGCUCCAUGCUGCUGUCCAUCCCAUGGUGGGAUGCACCCAUGGGUUCACUCUGGUGUCCUUUCAAUAGAAGAAGGGGCACCCAUGGCUCCAUGCUGGUAUCCAUCCCAUGGGUCCCAAGGGGCAAACAUUGGUUGGAGCACCCAUGGCUCCAUGCUGGUGUCCUUCCCAUGGAAGAAGGUGCACCUAUGGGUCCCAAGGACCAAGCAUGGGGUGGAGCACCAGUGGUGGCUCCAUGCUGCUGUCCAUCCCAUGGAAGAGGGUGCACCCAUGGGUCCCAAGGGGCAAACAUUGGUUGGAGCAUCAGUGGUGGUUCCAUGUUUGUGUCUAUCCCAUGGAAGAAGGUGCACCCAUGGGUCCCAAGAGGCAAACAUUGGUUGGAGCACCAAUGGCUCCAUGCUGCUGUCCAUCUCAUCGAUGGAUGCACCCAUGGGUCCAUGCUGGUGUCCUUUCUAUGGAGGAACGUGCACCCAUGGGUCCCAAGGGGCAAACAUUGGUUGGAGCACCAAUGGCUCCAUGCUGGAGUCCAUCCCAUGAAGGGAUGCACCCAUGGGUUCACUCUGGUGUCCUUUCAAUAGAAGUAGGGGCACCCA